UUGGCCGGCGCCGCCCCGCCGCCGCCGCGGCGGCGGGGGCUGCUGCUCGGGCUGGGACGCGUGCGGCGGCUGCGCGCUGCAGGCUCGCGCCGCCGCCUCUGCCGUGGCGGAGGGGCUGCCGGCCGGGGAGCUCUGUGCGCUGCACAGGCUCUUCGGCGGCGAUGCCAGCGUGCGGGACAACCGCCCGAUGCCGCAGGAGGCCCCCUCGGGGGGCACCAUCUCCGCGCUCAGCGUGCAGAUGCCCGCCCUGGAGCGGCUCGCCCCGUUCCUCCGGGCGCCGGGCGCGCGGGUCCUGGACCUGGGCUUCGGGAGCGGGGUGAUGGUGGGCAUGAUGCUGGCCGUGGCCUCGGACAGCGCCACGGUCGUGGGCGUGGACCUGGCGGACAAAGUGCCAGUCGCACGGCGAAAUUUGCUGGCGCAGGAUGGCGCCUGCCCCUUUGUGCCGUUCGCCGAGGAGCGCUUCUCCUUGCUGGGCGGCGAUGUGUUCGAUUACCUGGCCGAGUGGGAGAGAGAGAACAAGGUCUUCGACGUCGUCUACGCAGGCUGCUCACUGGAUCCGGGAACCGACCAGUUGCGGCGAUUCCUGGGGCGGCUGAGGGGCAAUGGUGCUGCGGUGUUCAAUCUUGGCGAGCCCGGAAUGCAGGGGAUGUAUUUUGUUUCAGACAAGGGUCGCGUAUGCGAGCUGAUGAUGCGGGUCAAUUUCAUGAUGUGCGAGAGCCAGCUGACGCCGCGAAGCGAUGCUGGCGAGAGAGUGCCAUUGGAUCCCAGGGAGCUCGGAGAAUGGAUCAGACAGAACGUGUACGCGGGCCAUGGGGAGUUCUGAAGCUGUCGGCCGCACACUACGCUGCGAGGCUGUGCAAUCGGGCUCCAGCAUGUUGUGCCCUACUCGGAACAGAAACCGCGCUCUUGCCCGUUCACAAGAUAUGGUUGUCGCCGAGCAGGCUGGUCGGGGAAUGCAGUGGACCACUCAACCUUGAACCUUUGGGGUGCCUGGUGAAGAGUUCGGCGGUUUUGGUAUCACGCUUUCCUGUAGUUUCCGUGGUGUCAGCCCCGAGGAUGCCGAAAAGCAUUUGGCCGGUACAGCUCCAAGCUGCUGAAACACAUGUAGCGUCAUGCUCAUUACACAAGUUGCCAGCACUGUGCAACCCACAAGUUGCAAUCUAUUCGGCGCACUCAGUGAGUGCAAUCUAUGCGUUGGAACCAGAGAUGAGACGGGAUAUAGAAGACGUGAUUUGAUGCUGGGGGUGUUAAAGUAUCUGCGACGCCGUCUCCGCGCAGGAGUACAUCUUUUUGUUUCGCGUCGUGCGUGACGUGCGCUCGAGACUUGGCGCCAGAGCGAUGGCCCUUGGGCCGACGAAGACAAUUUUUCCUUCUGCUGCUGCUCUUGCUGGUUCUGUCAUCGGGCGGUGAUACGGGUUGUCGCGGUGCCGGGGUCUUGUCGUGCCAAUGGUGUCUUGGAGUCGCUGUGCGGUCCACUCCGAGUGCAUUUUGGAACAACAUGUUAGGCAGAUGUAUGCCCAUGGCGAUUUCUUAUUGACCCAAUCGUGGAAUCAAGUGUGCGCUGAGCCGCGGAGUCGCCAUGCCGAUGUCGCAUGGGUUGUGAAUCGAUCGUGUGGCAAUCGUGAACCGUAUGUGAAGAGGUUACAUUCUUGCUGUCAAUUGCUUGUAGUUCGAUUGCAUAUUAUCUUAAGCCACGUACCUAUACAUUAGUGAAUUAAUGGUGCAUCAAUUUCGGAUAUGUUGUUCAGGUGUGUAGAAUUUUGUGUAGCAGCGAUGUAUCGAUUCUAUUUUCUUUGGAUGGACACAUGUGGUGAUGUAGUAUUUCAGUCAGCUUAUGCUGUUUCCGCUGGCCGUUUGUAAUUCGUUCGUAAGUGAAUGUGUCUUUCAGUUUGACUGUGGCCCUGCACUCCUGUAUAGUUGCGAUACCAGGCGCGUCGGCACCUCCACAGGGUGGCAUCUGGGCUGCCGUGUCGGCUGACGGCACCCAGAUCCGAGCCGCUGGGGACGCGCAGCGUUUCUUUCUCACAGAGGCAUCCCGCAUCUCGGGCACGAGACACGAAAGGAAGUGAGGGUCGAGGGGACUGUUCGCAGCAUGCCUUUCCAGACAUCCGACGCCGUGCUUCUUUUCACGCGCGGCUCUCCAGAGGUCGGGACUCCCUCCCGGGGACCGGUCUCUCAUCCCGAGCCAUUUGUUGACGGACCCUGGCGCCCAGCGCGGGUCCCUGGAGGCCGAACGCGUCUCAGAACCGUCCGCGGUUGUUCCACGACGCGAGGAUGUCACGGAAGAGAGAGAG